AUGCAAGAAAAACCGAUAGGAAACCAUUCUUAUACUGACUUCAUUUUUACUGGAUUUCUAGGAUUUUCUGAAUACAAGCCUUUUCUUUUCAUUACUAUCUUUUUCAUGUUUCUAGUGGCUGUAGUUGGAAACUCUGUAAUCAUUUUUGUAAUCAAAACACAACCAAGUUUACAUUCCCCCAUGUACUUUUUAAUCUUUGCCAUAGCAAUUGUGGAUCUAAGUUCACCAAUAACAUUUGUCCCGAAUAUAUUCCUUAACCUUGUAUUGAAACUAAAUGGCAUUUCUCUUUGUGGUUGUCUUGUCCAAAUGUUUCUUAUCCAUUUCAUAAGCUCCUUUGAAUCAACCAUACUUCUGGUGAUGGCUUGGGAUCGUUAUGUUGCCAUAUGUAACCCAUUGCGCUAUAAUGAUUACAUGAAUAGUUCUACUUUCUAUAAGCUAUCUGUUGUAUUUCUGAUAAGAAAUGGAUUAUUCAUGUCUCUCAUUGUCAUCCUUGCUAGUACUCUUUCAUUCUGUUUUUCAAAUGUUAUUGAACAUUUCUGUUGUGAACACAUGGCACUAGUUGGUUUGGCUUGUGGGGAAACAACCAAGAACAGCAUAAUGGGACUAGUGACCAUUUUCUGUAUACCAGGUGUCGACCUUUUGUGCAUCUGCUAUUCAUAUAUUAACAUUUUCUUUGCAGUGCUUAAAUCUGCAUCAGGAAAAGCACGUCAAAAAGCAGUCCAUACCUGCGGCACUCAUUUGAUUGUCAUUUUUGUGACAUAUCUCUUAGCUUUCUGUUCAUUUUUUGCAUAUAGAAUCAGGAACUCCAUGGCCCCCGACGUUCAUAUUCUAGUAAGUCUAGUGUACCUCCUUUUUCCAUGUUGUUUCAAUCCAAUUAUUUAUGGUGUCAGGACAAAAGAGAUAAGGGAACAAAUUUUGAAAAUGGUUAAUGGAAAGAAAAUAGGCCCAGAAAACAUUAAGGUAGCAAGUAUAACAAGUUGUAAACUUUCUUCUUACAUUAGGAUCAUAACUGUGGUCAUCAAAACCGCAUCUGUAAAAGUACGUCAGAAAGCUUUUCAUACCUGCAGCACCCACCUGAUAGUUAUGUUUUUCUUCUACCUGUCAGGCAGUGUAUCAUUUCCACAGGCGACAGACGGCCAGAGCCCAGUGGUGCAGAGGGCUAUCAAGAACAGGCAAACCAGAAUGGUGCAGGAGGGAAUCGGCAAUGGCCUCCGUGUCAUUCUGCAUCGGAUCCCCUGCCAGGUAGGGAACCAGACGGUCCCGGUGCAGGGCUACUUUUCCCUCUCUCUGUGGCAUCUGCACCUGAUAUGUGACCUCCCCAAUCCACUCCAGGACCUGGCAAGGCAUGAGACAGUGGCUGUAGACCCAGACCAACUCUGCCGCAUUAAACUGGAGCCCCUGAGUCCGGAGGUCAUAGUUCGAUUCUGCAUGACCCCAGCAGCCUGCUGA